GUCAUGAACUACUAAUACAAAGUAUAAACCUAUUGUCACUACUAAUAUAAACCGAUUUGACAAUAUAGUCAAAACCCAAAAGGUCUAUGCAAGAGCAAGACUGCAACCUUUAUAGUGAGGGAAUAAGAGAGAGAAAGCAUCGACCUUAAUUUGGAAGAUCAUUUCUAAAUUCUAAUGGACACAAACUGGCCUUCGUUUCUGGCCACGGCCGCACUUUUAGUAGCUGCUGUUUCCAUUCUUUACCGGCGUCAGAAGAAGAACUCCAGCUCCAAACCCUCCUCCGAGUCCAACUCUUCUUUGUCUGACUUUGAUUCUUCUACGCGGCCUCUCCCGGCUGGAAACUACGAGGUUUUCCUGAGCUUCAGAGGUCCCGAUGUGCGAACAACUUUUGCGGAUUCUCUCUACCACUUCCUUGACCAUUCCAAGAUUCGCACCUUCUUUGAUGAUGAAGGGCUCCGAAAGGGCGAGAAGAUUGCACCUUCGCUCGUCCAGGCUAUCCAUGAAUCCAAAAUCUACAUUCCAAUCCUUUCCCAAGGAUAUGCUUCCAGUAAAUGGUGCCUUGAGGAGCUCUCUCUCAUGGUGAAAUCCUUGAAUCAAAACCAAGGCCACAUCUUAUUGCCCAUUUUCUAUUUCGUGGAGCCUGGGGAUGUUCGGCGCCAAGAGGGUUCUUAUAGUCGAGCAUUUCGACAGCACAGUCGGAAACAUGAUGCAGAGACGGUGAAGGAAUGGAAGGAAGCUCUCCAAGUGGUCAGCCAUAUGAAAGGAUGGCAUGUGACCGAAUCCGACGGACAAGGAGCAGUGAUAGACAAGAUUUUCUCUCAAGUGUGGUCACAUCUGAUGGCAAAUUAUAGGAUAGUAACUGAUGAGUUGAUUGGUGUUGAAUCACACGUAAAAGAAGUGAGGGAUUUGCUGGACUUGGACUCCAAGGGUGUGAAAAUUGUUGGGAUUUACGGUAUGGGUGGUAUUGGCAAGACUACCAUAAGCAAAGCUGUUUAUAACGAUGUCUCUUCACGGUUCGAACGUUCUUGCUUUCUAGAGGAUAUACGGGAAACAUUGUUGAAGAAUGAUGGUGCUGUUACUUUGCAAAACAAGAUCAUUUCUAGCAUUCUGAGGCAUGAUAGCCAUGUUAAAGAUACUAGCGAAGGGAUUCACAUAAUUAGAGAUAAAGUUUGCAAGUAUAAGGUUUUAAUUGUUCUCGAUAAUGUAGACAGGAGGUUUGAGUUUGACAACAUUUUUGGAAACUUACGAGAUUUUUCCAUAGAAAGUCGAUUUAUUAUGACAACAAGAGACAUAAGGGUUUUAGACUUCUUUGAAGAAUGUAGGUUGUUCGAAGCCAAAGUAAUGACUCACAUUGAUUCUUUUCAACUUUUUAGAAAACAUGCAUUUGGAGUGGGUGAUCAUCAAGAAGAAAAAGAAAUUCUUUGUGAGGAAUUUGUAAAAGCUGCUGCAGGACUUCCUCUAGCUUUAAAGGUCAUAGGAUCACUUUUGUUUCGCAAAGAGAAAAGAGUUUGGCAAGAAAAGUUGGAGGAAUUAAAGGAAAGACCUUCUGAUACUAGGGUGCAUGAGAUAUUGAAAAUAAGUUAUAAUGAUUUAACUCCCGCUGAAAAGGAUAUCUUUUUGGAUAUUGCUUGUUUCUUCGUUGGGAAAACUAAAGAAUUACCCUUUUACAUGUGGAAUGACUGCAAGUUUUAUCCAGAAAGUAGUGUUAGCGGUCUUAUCCUUAGAUCCUUGUUAAGAAUUGAUGAGAGGAACCAAUUCUGGAUGCAUGACCACAUUAGAGACCUUGGUCGAGCUAUUGUUCGCGAAGAAAAUAUCCAGCAGUCAUGGAAACGUAGUAGGAUAUGGUCUGAGGAAGAGGCUUUGGAUAUGUUAGAAAAUGGAAAGGGAAAUGACAAGGUAGAAGUUCUUAGAGUCAACUUGGGAGAUCGAGGUGUUCUGAAGUUAACGGAUGAAGAAUUUAGGAAUUUAUCAGGGGUAAGGUUUCUUGAAGUGAGGGGUGGAAGAAUGACUGGAGAUUUCAGUAAGAUUCUUCCAAAUAUACGAUGGCUUCAGUUGUGCCUCUGUCGUUCAAUUCCAACUGAUGUUAACCUGAAGAAAGUCAUAAUUCUUAAUUUGGAAGGAUCCUACGUUAGGGAUGAUUGGAAAGGCUGGAAAAGAGUUAAGGAGGAAGGUAAGAAGCUGAAAGUGGUAAAUCUACGGCAAUGCGAGGACUUGGUGAAAGCUCCGGACUUGUCAUCCUGUGGCAGACUAGAGGUGAUAAAUCUUGAGCUCUGUACUAAGAUGGGAGGGGAACUGCAUAUUGGCAAUUUCAAGAAUUUGAAACUGCUGAGGCUCUCGAGUAGCAAGAUAACAGAGUUGAAAGGUGAUAUUCAAAUGCUUCAAGACCUGGAGGAGAUUGAUGCUUCCAAUUUGACAGAAAUGCCUGCUGGUAUUGGUAAUCUAAACUCUCUGGAAAUCUUGAUGUUGAUCUUAUCGCGAGUGGAAUUGCCUGCACUCCCCACAAGUUUAAAGAAGCUGUGGCUUUCGUCCCCCAGUGUUCCCAAUCUGUUGGAGCUCAAGGACUUGGAAGAUCUAUGCUUUCAGCAUUGUCACGGAGCGCCUGAAAUUCCUGGAGAUAUAUGGCUGCACCUAACCAAGUUGAAGAAACUGACAGUAUCUUUUUCCCACUGCAAGAGUCUAUUACUGCAGGUGGAGUCAGUUGCAGGUAGUAAUAGUAGUAAUGGAAUCAUGGGAGACUCGGUUGCCAAGCUCCCAUCAUCUCUAAACAGCCUUGUGGUUUCUUGUAUGCAAUUGGAGACACUGCCGGACCUUGCAAAUCUGAGUAAUUUAAUCGAACUACGACUUCGGUCAGUCCAGGUAGAUGAGAUACAUGGUGUUGGACAGCUGAGAAUGUUGGAAGCUUUUGCAAUAUCUGAUGCCCCAAACCUUAAAAGUCUCGACGGUCUAGAAAAUUUAGUGCUCUUGCAACGGCUUACUGUGGUCUACUGUGGUGCACUGGAGAAACUGCCAAGUAUUUCCAAUCUGACCAAGUUACACACAUUAGUGAUUCGUAGUUGUUGGGCCCUGUUUGAAAUCCAAGGGCUGGAUGCAUCCAUGGGAGAGUCUUCCUUAACACAUUUAGAAGUAAGUUGCUGUCCCAAGUUAGCUAGUGUUGAAGACCUUCUUCAAUCUCUGCAAGCACUGCAAACUUUGAAACUGACAAACUUUCAGGCACUAGAAACACUACUACUACGUCUUUCUUCUUUGUCCAAGUUAGGCAACCUGAAGAACUUAGCUGUUGAGGAAACCCCAGGUGGUGGUUCAGAUACUACAUCUGUCCCAGGAAUCCGAAUCCUUCAUCUUGCUGGUCUUGGUAAUCUACAUUUUAUAACUAUUUCAGGAUGCCAGCAAUUGACUGAGAUUACAGGGUUUGACACAUUGCAGUCGUUAGAAGAGUUAGAUAUUUCAUAUUGCACCUCCAUUCAGAAGCUGUCGGGUCUAUCUACCCUCAAGAAUUUGAAGAACCUAAGAAUUUGGUCUGGCAGACAAUUGACCGAGAUGGAAGAGCUCGACCUGUUGGAAUCGCUAGAACGAUUAGAACUGCACCGCUGCACGUCAAUGAAGAAGCUGCCAAAUCUGUGUCACCUCAAAAAGUUGAACUGUUUGAGUAUUAGUGAAUGCAGGUCGUUGACGUCGACGGAGGAUUGCGGGAUAGAUGGUUUGAAUUCAUUGCAACGGCUCAACAUUUCCUGGUGCACAUCAAUUCUCAAGUUGCCAAAUUUAUGUGGUCUCACGAAACUGACAAAUAUGGAUAUCAUAGGAUGCACAAAAGUGACCGAGGUGAUGGGGCUAGAAAGACUGGAGUCGCUGGUACGGCUAAAGUUGAAUGACUGUGCAUCAAUUGUGAGGUUGCCUGAUCUAUCAGCACUCAAGAAUCUGACACUGUUAAACAUCAGUGGAUGCACACAACUGACCGAGGUUACAGGACUUGAGAGUUUGGAAUCUUUGCAAGUGCUAGCGAUGUCGAGGUGCAAGUCAGUUAGCAAGUUGCCUGAUCUAUCUAUUCUUGAGAACCUCAGAUACUUGAAUAUUAGCAAAUGUACGCAGUUGAAGGAGGUCAUAGGAGUCGAGAGGUUGGAAUGGUUGGAACUGCUAGCUAUGUCACAGUGCAAGUCAAUCAAGAAGCUGUCUGAUUUGUCUGGUUUAAAAUAUCUGAAACACUUGGAUAUUAGACAAUGCAGGCGGUUGACUGGAAUCACUGGCCUCCAGGAAUUAAAUUUUUUGCAAGUACUGGGGGUGAACGAUCCCACAUCUGCUCCGGGGUCGAUGGAUGGCAUGUUGGAAUUACAUCAGAAGUACCUAAUGUAAAUAUCAGGUGACUUGAGCUGAGGCACUGGAAGUGGAAGGGAACACAGCAAGUAGUGAAGUAGUACCCGUACCCAACUUGGGGAACUGACUAUAUGCAAUUGAUCACUCAUUUAUCAUCACUUCGAGGAGACUGCCAGCCAAGCAUCCAUUUUUUAGUCAACUACAUUGCCGUUGGCAUUUGCAUCGCAGCACUUUAUAACACACGACCUUUGAUGGAGAAAGUGGCACCAGAGGAUACAUCCACUACCACUGGGGUGUGACCUUCAACCACCAACACAUCGUCCACCUCGGUUGCUCCUACAAGCUAUGCACAACAACCAUUUCAUGGAACUUGUGAGCCAGCAUGGAGACCUGUGGCUCGAUGUAAUGGCCCAAGUACUGGAGGAGGAUUCUGCAAAGGACAACUCUACGUUGUUCGAGCGGCUUCUGCAUGAAGCUCCAGACGCCAUCAAGCUGGUGUACGUGUAGACGCAGCUGCACAUUACCCUGAUAGGAUACAAGACUGUCUCUGCGUGACCACUUAUGCUGACGGACCAUUCCAAUUUUAAGCUUGCUCCUUGAAACUUGAGAGCUGGGAAGAUGCAUGGAAAGACGAAGAGAUUAGAGCUAGAAUCUGGGAGCUGGAAGUGCAGGUGCGGCGGCGCAAGAACUAUGCUAUUUAUGCGCUAAAGCAUCGUGUAGCAGAGAUGGAUGGAGAGAACGAAAGGUUAAAAGAAGUGGAGACCAUAGAUGAGGUGAUUGUCAAGAAGACUACUCUUUGGAGCUGAAUGCAAUGGACAAAGUUGCAGAAAGAGAUUGAGAUACUGAAGAAAGAAGAUCUGCGGAGAAUUUUAAUUUGAUGAUCUACUACCAUUUCAUUAGGUGCAAGUUUGUAGCCAAUAGAAUAAUUGAUGUGAAGAGGACAUUUGCAACCAAUGACUUUCAAAUCAAACGUGAUAAUAAGACCUGUUUUCCGUU